AUGGCAACCUCAGCUCACGUCCAUCAGUUGCCGAGCUUCCUCCCUGCUAGUGGAGUCCAAUACAACCCUCUACCAACCAUUCAAGGCCAGUCCCGUGUCGCAUACUUCAUUACCCGUACCAACGGCACUCCAGUUCCUUUGAUUCCAGCAGAUGAGCUGCCUUACACUGUAAAGUUGCAACACGUUCCCCGUGUCUUGACACCAGAUCAGACGUACGGCCUGAACUACAUUGGCAACUCACCGUAUACUGGAACCACUUUCAAGCUGGAGAAGUCCUCUACUUUCAAUGAUACGAACAGAUUCGACUGUCAAACGUCCGAAGAGCGCUCUCAUGGUCGCAGUUCGUGCAACAUGGCUCCUCGGCAAUUCCAGGCACCAGACAGCCACGUUCGACCAUCUCACGGCCACAACAACGCCGAGUCGGUUCWACUGCCGCAAUCAGGUCGGCCCAUUUCAGCCCACGAGUCCUCGAAAUCAUGGCGCCGCCCUGAUCCAGUGACGCCUUCUCUCACAUAUCAAGAGGACAGCUCCGACGCUGCCCAAAAUGCCAUCAAUGCUAUACUCCGCUCCCAAGCAGGAGCCGAGACUGCCGAGCGUAUCGGCUAUCGAUCCCAGGACAGCACUCCACCACCAUCGGGAAAGAUGCCAGAUCAAGAAAAGAAGGAGUGGUGCACCUACUGGAUCCUGCAUGGCGACUGUGCCUAUGUUCAGCAAGGCUGCCGCUACCGACACGAGAUGCCAGACAAGGCCAAGCUGGCCGAGAUUGGUAUCAACCAUGUCCCGAGAUGGUGGUUGGAGCAGAACUCCGCCAUCAAGUUGAGCGGUGAUCGAAACACAGUGGGCCCUGUGGUGAAGCCAGAGGUCUGGCUCAAAGCUCGCAAGGGCUCAGAUGCAGACAGCGAGAGCUCAUCCACCGAAUCUGCGAGCACUGACUCUGGAAAGCGUGCACCUCCACCGAAAGUUGUCCUGCAGCCAGUGAUUGAGCCGAAGCCAUCUCCAUUCCUUGCUCAUGCCCGGUCAUCGACACCAACCGAGCUCCUUAUCAACUUCGCUCCUUUGGUACCAACUCCCUCGAAAUCUACUUCAACAUCUACCUCAACGUCUUCAUCUACAUCGUCAUCAAAGACAGCCAUCUCGUCUUCCCCAAGCAGUCAAGAGAGAACCAUCAAACACUCCACUUCGCUAGUGACGUCUCAAGCACCUGUCAAGCUCGACCGCACGGCAAAGACCACGACCUCCGGCGCCUCGGAGCGCCCCUCAACCAAGUCAACAGCGAAGACAGCCAAAGUCUUCGUCCCAGCCGGCGAGUCUCCAGAGACGCACAUUGCAGAUGCUAAAAAGCGUGCCGCCGUUCGCAACAAAGCCGCUCGCACCCCAUCCCCAACCACGAAGCCAAGCAAGACAGGACAUAAUUUGGAGAAGCUGAUUGGAGAGAUGCGCAAGGCUAAAGUUGGCGGUCUCGCUUCGUCCAUUCACGCCCCUGUGCAGCAGUAUCAAGAGCCUGUCAAGCGUAAAGUUCGGAAUGGUUGUCGUGAGCGGCGUCCAGUCUCAUCUACCCCGUCGGCCGUGGUGCAAGUGGCGAAGAAGUAA